AUGUCCACGGGCACAACCCCGCCUCAGACUCCGCCUCAUACCCCGCCUCAGAGAGAUCCUCUAGAGUUCUUCGGGCAUACGGUUGGUCAUACUGCUCUGCCAUACGAUCGUCAAGACGAGUUCAACGCCGUCGAGUCUGCGCUACCUCCGCAGUCUACCCCGGUAAAAAAGGGCGGUAAUCCAGAGGGUAACUCGGAGUUAAAAGUCGAAGACACCAAGAUUAUGGCAGACGAGGAACUACGUGGAUAUUGCGCCCCCAACAUAUCUGGCCUACUUGAACUCAUAUUUCCUGACAUCGCCCUUCCUUGCCCACUCGACGCCCUAUAUCGACACGUAUCCAAACGUGGAGGCAAAUACAAGGUCGGAAAGAAGAAGAAGGGAUGGGACAAAUGCCCUGACCUUACUUUAGAGUCCGUCAACGGAAAUCAGGAGGCAAAGAUGGCGAAUUUCCUGACAUAUCUCGCCGACGACAUUAGGACAUUCCUUCAGACUACGUAUAAUCGCGUAAUUCCUCCUCGCGCGGUUACUGGCGAGUUUGCGGGGAGCACCAGCGUUCCCGGAGGUCCUUCAAAUACUGGUCGCCAUCCUGACAUCCUUUUCUUCGAGAAGGAUGUGGAAAUGACUUGGGAGAACGUCGUAGGCUGUUGGGAGCUCAAGAAAAGCAACAGCGCCGCUCUGACGUCGGAUGCGAAGCGCCAACUAGCCGAGCGUGCCCUUAUGAUCUUCGAAUCACAGGACGACAGACGCUUCGUUCCGGGAGUAUCCGUCCUCGGCUUCCGAAUUAUCUUGCAUAUUAUCGAUCGUGCCGGAGAAAUCUCAUCCGCUUCCUUCCAUAUGCUUGACGAUCCUCACUCAUUUCUCCGGCUCGUCCUGGGGUUCAUGUUCGCUGGCCGGGACAGCCUUGGUUUCGACCCAUCGAUAAAGAAGCUUGAUGAUGGGAGUCGUUGCAUAACGAUAAACAACAAGACGUAUACCAUCCAUGAGCGGGUGCACACUCCGCAUAACAUCCGUGGGCGUGGCACCAACGUCUGGCGCGCGACUUGCGACGGUACCGUCUAUGCCAUCAAAGACUGCUGGACGGACGAGACGCGCACGCUCACGGAAGCGAAGUUGCUAGAGAUGGCCAAGGGAGUGGAAGGCGUGCUAACGUUGGUUGCUCACAACACCGUCAAGUACAAUAAGGAGGAUGAUACGACGGGACUCGUCCGCGCACUCCUCAAGAAACCGGAGUACCGAGAGAGGUGGGCACGCCUAGAUGUCCGUAUACAUCGUCGCCUGGUCUUGGCGCCCUUCGCUGUGCCUAUCUACUGCUUCAGAACAAAGAAGGAGUUGAUUGGGGGUUUCAUAGAUGCUAUCCAAGCGCACAAGGACUUGUUGGAGAAGGCCAAGGUCCUCCAUCGAGAUAUCAGUAUCAAGAACAUUAUGCUGGUUGCCGAAAUUGACAGGAAUCUUAACCGCAGACGCGGUCUUCUCAUCGACCUAGACUAUGCUGUAGAAUAUCCUGAGCUCGGAAGCAGGAAACCAGCACAGGCUGCGAGAACGGGAACCGCCCCAUUUAUGGCCAUUGAGCUGCUCAAGGACGGUUGGAACAUGCCUCAUAAGCCGGAAUGGGACUUGGAGUCGUUCCUCUAUGUGAUCAUCUGGAUCUGCAUUCUCUAUGUCGGGCCCUGUGAUAGGCGGUCAAGUAAAAAGAUCAAGGAGACCCCACUGCAUGCGUGGAUGACCGGCGGUUACAAAAACAUGCGGGCGGAUAAAGUGGGCUGCAUGGACAGCAAGAUCAGGUGGCGUGAACUGCUCGAAGAAUUCGCCCCUUAUUUCGAAGAGCUCAAGCAAUGCCUUUCUGAGUGGCGGGCGCUAUUCUUCGUGGACGAGGGCCCCAGGACGCACGACAACGUUCUCAAGAUAUUGCGGGACGCUUACAACAGACUGCCGGAUGAGGAACCGCCUUUCGUCGACCCGGUACCCGUGGUCGCGAAUCCUCCCCCUGGGCCAUCUACGAGAGCAAGUGUCAGACCCAAACGAACGAGGGAGACGGAAAGACAAGACUUCUCUGGCGUCAAUCAACGGGAGGACGUGGUGCACGGCGGGAAGCGCCUCCGGAAAGACAGGCUGGAGAAUGCCUACUAUUCGGAGCAGCUUUUCCCAUCAGGUGGCGAAAGCUCUCAGCAGGCCUCUCUGGGCAGCUUCGCACCGACGGACGCAGAGGAAGGGAGCCCCUCGUCUGCUUCGGCAUCUGUAGAGCCCCCCCAGCCGCUCCGAAGGACUCGCAGGAAGAGUAUGCCGUCGUUGAAGGUGCGGGAGAGCGGGAGGUCCUGA